CAUACAUUGUGAUGCAGGAUCGUGCCAGCAGACCUUUUUACCCCAGACCUUUACGUUCAUUGUUUGACACGAUACCUCCUUUGCAUGCCAAAUCCUGCAAAUCCCCCGCAUGCUAGGCUUCAUAUCCAACUUCCCAAAGCACACUGCUCGAUGCCAGAGCGGCCGAAUGCAUAUAAAAAAGGGAAUUCCGGUUGACGGAUAUAAAUGAUGAGGGGAAAGGCAAGAUUGUCGAGAUCCUCUCCCCCGAGGCGUCACUUUGCGCCAGGGCACAGGUAUUCUUGUGCGGACGAAUCACCCGUAUGCACUUGAAGGCUCCUGGACGGCAAAUAAUGACUGGAAAUAUGAGAUGGAAUGCUAAAGGUUUACUGCAACCAGAGUACAGCUGGGACAAUAGGAGCCAGUCGCUGCCGCCGUUCAGCUUACGGAUGGCGCUUCACCGGCCGGCCAGCAGCUCUAGAUGCGCCGGUAUUUGUAUCAAGGCAUCAUUCGGCCUGCUCUUUCGCGAAAGGUUUUAAUGAAUGCAGCCGGCUGUUCACCUUGCUACAUGAUUGCCAAGAUCGGACAUCCCCAGAUGGGGUCCGUCUGCUCUCCAGACGACGACUCCGGACAUCUAGCCUUCCAUAGCACACACGGUUCCUCGAACGUGUGAACAUAGGUUUCACGCAUAUGACGCAAGGGUGGUUACAACUCCGUCCUCGAUUGUCGCCCAUUGCAUAACCUAUGACUUUCGUAAGCUCUGCGAUGAAAUCAUGCAUGAAUGGCCUGCUUACCGACACAGUCAUCUGCAGAUCCCCUUCCUUCCGGACUCAUGAAUUCCGCUGUAUAACCUUAUUGGUAGCGAUGUUGUCGUUCCUGUUUCUGUCAGUCCAUACUAGCCCAUCCCAAUGUGCUCACCGCAUGGCCGGCCUUUGCUGAUAGAAUGAGACCCUUUCCUCCGAGCUGGAGACCAUCGAAUAGCAGAGCUUUCCCAACGUCCACAGCCGCGUCCGUGUUUCCGACUGCGACUCCCUCGACGUCGACCUUCACAACGCUGUUGAUGAUCCCGAGGAGAUCGAGCUUCGCGCCAACUCCAUUGGUACCACGAGGCGUGGUAUCGGCCCAGCCUGCAGCCCCCGCCGUCACCAUGUGCGAGGUUUUCAACAGGGAGCUCUUUGAGCGCAAGCUGCGAACCCUGGCGGCGUCAGCACCGGAAGGAGGUAAAUUGAUCGCGUACGUUACAGCCAAGGCCUUCUUCGACCUGCAGAGAGGUACGCAACUUCAUUCUGUUUAUUGAGAAGUUCCUCUCCUUCAACGGCAAGGGACACGUGGAAUUAUGGCAGUACCAGCUUUUAUUUUGUCUAUGUUGUGUACCUGCCAUGCUUGACAAUCUCACAGUGGACCCCACAAACUGGGCCUGAACUAGUAGUCGCAACGGAAGCCCUUUGAGUCCAUGCUCUCAAACAACGCCGCAGAAGAUAAUUGUGAAUAACACAUUGAUGAGGAAUCCAUCAUGACCAGACGCCCUGCCUCGAGUGGCAUCUAUCCGCCGCCCGAAAGAGAGCCCUUCGCUGCGCAUGCUGGCUUCAUCAACGUGGUCUCAUGAGACAAAGGAAAUAUUCGAACAGGCGAGUGGGGAAUAUUAGACGACAAUCAAGGAAAACUUUUACGGGAAGCCAGGAAAAUGAAACAACGAAA